AUGGCCCCAGGAAGCCGCCGCUCAGUCCGCUCCUCCACACCCAUCCCCAUGCCCGUCAUCGCCGAAGACGAACAACACUCCGACCCAGCAAGAGCAGCAGCAGCACAAGGGGCAACAACAACGCCCACAGUCCCACCUCGCUCUCCACACCGACGGUCAUCGACAACGAGGAGCAGCAGCAGUUUAUAUCCAGGGGCACCCAGCGGCAGCGGCAGCGGCAGCGGCAGCGCGAGACCGGCAUUGUCCAGAUCAAGCAGCGUGCCGCAAUAUGUGCCGAAACCGAAACGGGCACCGGGGAUAAGAGCCGUGGGAGGCGAGGUGGACAGUGUGAGGUCUAUACCGCUUAAUAGUGAUGGGAGUGAGCGAUGGGUUAUUCCGACGGUGAGGGAUCGGGAGGGGAAGAUGAUAGAAACAAAUGAUGGCGGUUUGGUGCGCCCAGUGAAAGGGAUAGGGAAGAGCGAAGAUGGGAGAGCGGUAGGACAUGGAGGAGGGAAAGAGAAAGACAAGAGGGGGUUAGGAGGGUGGGUGAGAAGCCCGGGCAGAUGGUAUAAGGUUGUGGUUUUGGGGAUACUGAUAAUUGGGUUGAUUGUGGGAUUGGCAGUUGGGUUGACGGUUAGGUUGAGGAAAAGACACAACUCCUCCGACCCCGAACCCCCAUUACCAACCGACCUCUUUCCCGCGGGCUCCUACACCUUCACGGCCGCCCUAGCCAACCUUUCGGCAUCCUGCGCACCACAACGGAAUCCUUCCCUCUGGCGAUGCUACCCCUACGCUCUUUACUCCCCCACAACAGACGAAAGCACAUCUGCUGCCUCCUUCCGGUGGAUCAUCCGUCCCACAACGACAUACUCCUACGUCAUCUCCUCUUCUGACGACCCCUUCUCGCCCACCGGUACCUUCAAGGAUGUCAACCUCACCAUGAUCGAUGCGAACCAACCGAGUGAGCGAUUCACGUUUAGUUUCGUUAUGGCGAAGGCUGUGGUGCCGGAUGUUACUACUGCCAGCAACAGCAGCAGCAGCAUGUCCUCAGCGGUAUCUCCCACGACGACAAUGACGAUUGCUGCAUUAUCAUCAUCCUCGGCUUCGGCUUCGACUUCGCAGGCUACUUCUAACGGAGGGGAGAAAGCCAGACGCAGAUGGUUAAGAUCAGUGAAGAGGGAGGAUAACAACACGAUUUCACGAGAAGCACCAACAACAACAACAACAACAACAACAACAACAACCCCAGCAGAGCCAGCAAUAUGCUGGUAUAAUCAGACGGUGGUCCGUGGCACGAUCUGGACGCGCAUGAGCGCGAGUUACCCGGCUAAUAUCACCGACGUGCCAACACCACUAAUAAACGCAACGAAUGUGUUUGCGCCGUGGCCGUUUGCGGUGGAGUUGACGCUGGAACAGACGUAUGAGGAGGAUGGGAGGGGUAAUGGGAAGAAGGCGCCGGAUUGUAGGGAUGCUGCGGGGAAUCCGGUGGUAUUUAGGAAUAAUGAUAAUAUGAAGGUGGCUGCGGCGGCGGUGAGGGCGAGAGAUAUGAGCGUUGUGGAUGAAGCAGAUAUUUGCAGGUGUUCGUAUACGAACUAUGGGCUGGAUACCAUUGCCUCUAGUAAUAGUUCUAGCGCUGGUAACCCACAGGGGCAGAGUCAGGAUCAGGGACUCGGCUAG